ACCAACCGCUGCUAAUAACUGCAUUAUUUCAAGAGUUUUAUGAAAACCCAAGACGCAUAGGCGCUAUUUAAGAAAAAAAAUAGUAAGAGGGGAAGGGGAAAGGGGGAAAAAAAGACCUGCGGAUUGAUCUACACUGUAUUUUUGGGUAAAUACAAUCACGUGAGAGCUGGGAGCCAAUGACAAACUAGGAAAGGCUGAAAAAAUAAUUACCUGCCCUGAUUGUUCUAUGAGAAGAUAAAAAGUACACAUACAGUUCAUACAAUAAUCUUAUGAAUGUAAAAGAGGGGGAACAAUGUCGGCUUCUGGUCCCAUAAGCAACUAUUAUGUAGAUUCCUUGAUUAGUCAUGAAAGCGAAGAACUGUUGGCAUCAAGGUUCCCAGCUACGGGCUCUCACCCUGCAGCAGCUAGACCUUCAGGACUAGUACCGGAGUGCGCAGAUUUUCCAUCCUGCAGCUUUGCCCCCAAACCGGCCGUUUUUACUACUUCGUGGGCUCCCGUGCAUUCCCAGUCGUCCGUGGUCUACCACCCGUACACCCACCAGCCUCACAUUGGAACUGACACCAGAUAUAUGCGCACUUGGCUGGAGCCUAUCUCCGGCGCUGUCUCUUUCCCAGGUUUUCCAGCCAGCAGCCGGCACUACGGGCUUAAGCCCGACGCCUUCCACGGCCGCAGGGACUGCGGACCGGUGGAUGGACGUAGUUAUCCGGAUUAUAUGUACGGAUCCCCGGGAGAUCUCAGGGACAGAACCCCGCAGACUAUUCCCUCCCCGGAAUCUGAGGCCAUCGCUUCCAACAAACACAAAGAAGAAAAGACCGAAUUGGACCCUAACAAUCCCGUGGCAAAUUGGAUUCAUGCGCGUUCUACAAGGAAGAAAAGAUGUCCCUACACGAAGUAUCAAACGCUGGAAUUGGAAAAGGAGUUUUUGUUCAAUAUGUACCUAACACGGGACCGCCGUUAUGAAGUGGCCAGGGUUCUUAAUCUCACGGAGCGCCAGGUCAAAAUCUGGUUUCAGAACAGGCGAAUGAAAAUGAAGAAAAUGAACAAGGAAAAAACCGAUACUAGUAAAGACCAGCAGCAGUGAAAUUGGCCGAGUCUCUCCAAGCCAAUGGAGAAACCGAGGCGCUGGGUCUUCCUUGGGGUUCGAAGUGUUUCUGACUUUUUUCCGUGUGCUGAUGAGUGUUUAGAAUUAGUUAAACACAGCAACCAUUCUGGAGCAAAAAGACAUAAAAGAGUGCUUUUAUAAGAAAAAAAAAUUAAAAAAACUACGACUAAAAAUAAACAUUUUCUUUUCUUUUCAGAAAACAACAAAGUACUUGAAUUUUUUUUAAAGUAUUUUAUUUCGUAAGUUAAAUUUAUCCAGUGGUUUUUUUUUAAAAUAAUUAUUAUUAUUUCAUGACGUCGUGGCUGCAUAUUUUGUACAAAAGGAAAGGAAAGGCGGGGGGAAGAAGAAGAAGAAAGGAAAAUAAGAGGGGGUGAUCGCUCAAACAAUGUUUCUGUCAUCGUGUUGAACGUUUCUGGUGUACUUAUUUGUGUCUUCUAUGAUUGUCACAGAACCGUUCUGUAAUGCUGUUAUGUUUUGCUAUAGUAGAGCAGCUCUCUGUAAAUAUAUACCUAACGUCACAAAAAAAGAGGAAAAAAACCAA